UUACUUAAGAAAGUAAACCCACGUAUCUGAAAUAGCACCGCAAAGCGCCACCAAUGGCCAUGGUCACGGGAACCGACCCGGGAAUGGACCAAGAAACCAAGGAAACGGUUCUGACUUUCCUCAACCACUGCUGCCGCCACCACCGCCCUCCCGGCGCGUGCGUCAUCGAACUUGUCGACUUCCUCAACUCCCUCCGACUCCACCUGCCGAGUCCCGACUUAGCUCACCUGCUCGUCUCACACCUCUGCUUCGAUAACAACCACCCUUGGCUCUGGAAGUUUCUUCACCACGCGCUCUCUUCGCGACUCUUGUUCCCUCUCCAGCUACUCUCUCUACUCUCCUCUAGGGUCAUUCCUCACCGACAUUUUCACCCUCAGGCUCACGCGCUCUUCCUUGCACUACUAGUGCAACACGCCUUCACCUUCGAUCCCGCCACUGUGGAAACACCUUCAACGAAGCUCAAGAUAAUAAAUUCUAUUGAUGUUGCACUUCAGCUUUCUGAAACAUAUAAUAUCCGCGAUCUGGAAUUGGGACAUAUCUUUGUGCUGUUCUUUUACAGCAUUAUCAUUGCUUUGAUUGAUAGCACAUUAAACGACUGGGGUUUACAAGUAUCCACUAGUGAAAGAUCAUGUUUAGUCCCUAUGGGUGACCAGUAUAUGGAAAUUGAUCAUAAGGUGACCCACAGUUUUGAAAAAGGUGAAAAUCAUGAACAGAUAAGGAAGAAAAAUUCCAUUUUGGCCUUAGAGAUAUUGGAAAGUCUAACUGAAAGCAAAAAAGGAGUGGUUCUUCUGCAGUCUGUUCUCUUGAACAUGCCUGAAAAAUUCAAUUGCCUCCUACAGAGGUUUCAUUUUCUCGAAUCUCUUGAAUUGACUUCAGCUGAGCUAAUAUCAGUAAGUCAAGUUCUAAAAAAAGUGUCUGCAAACAUCCGUGCAGUUUCUCAUUUCGAUUAUGGCCCAAGUAAGAAUCAGAUUGUUGGAAAGUUUGUUGAUGUUGGAUCACAAAAUAUGGCAUCAUUGAGAUUCAACUACUCAUAUUGUCAGUCUCCUUGCUGGGUUCCUCUUGAUAUUUAUAUGGAAAACUCUAUGGAUUCUAAACAGAUUCCGACAAAGUCAGCUAUUAUUGUGCUUACAGAAUCAAUCAAGACAUUACAAAAAUUUAACCAAGCUAGCUGGCAAGAAACUUUUCUAGCAGUUUGGCUUUCAGCCCUUCGUCUUGUGCAGCGAGACCGAGAUCCUCCUGAAGGCCCUAUUCCCCAUCUUGAGGCCCGUAUGAGCAUGCUUUUGUCUAUUGUCCCCUUGGCCAUUGCAAAUGUUCUAAAUGAUGACUCCGAACAUAGUCUUUCUUCUGUUCAAGUGCCUCUGGAAACUGGAUAUGGUCAUGAAAGGAAGAGUGAUGGUUCUAGGAAACUUGGACUGAUUUCAUCUAUUCAGGUCCUUGGGCACUUUUCCAGCCUCCUUUGCCCUCCCACAUUGGUUGUAGAUGCAUCCAACCAGGCAGCUAGAAAAGCAGCAAGCUUCAUUUAUAGUUCUAUGAAUGAAAAGAGUGAAUCUGCCACUGGCAUUCAUGCUAAUACCAAUGUAAAAGCAGGCGGCAACUUGAGGCAUCUCAUAGUGGAAGCUUGCAUAGCAAGGAAUUUAAUAGAUACAUCAGUGUACUUUUGGCCUGGUUAUGUCUCUACUUCAGCGAGAUCUUUGUCAGAUUCAUCUCCACUUGAAAAAUCGCCGUGGUUAACAUUUAUGGAAGGAACACCAUUAAACGGUUCCCUUAUAAAUUCGCUCACUGAGACCCCUGCCUCAAGAGAUAGAGAAGUUAUACUAUAUUGCAAUAAAUGGAUCAGAGGUGGAAAAGCCUGCUGCUGCAAAGAUUCUUUGUGGUGCAUCCCUCAUUCAUGGAUGGUAUAUUCAGUCAAACUUUUUUCUUCCUGGCAGGAACAUGUUGUCCACUUUGUGGUGAAGUUUCUUGCUUCUUCUGUACCUUUCACUCAUUCUGGAUCUUGGAGCCACUUGAUCAAUAAUAUGUCCAUGCUAAGUGCUGUCCUCCAUGGAGUUUCCUCUGUUGAUACAGUUCACAUACUAUCAUUGCAUGGUGUAAUUCCCACAGUUGCGGCAUCUUUAUUACCAUUAUGUGAGGCAUUUGGCUCAGUGAAACCAACAUCAAAUAGCACUAGCAAUGAACCUUCAGCAUCUCCUUACAUGGCUUUUUCUUUGGCAUUUCUUUUCCUUAUUCGCUUAUGGAAAUUCUCUAGGCCCCCUCUUGACCAAUUUGCAACUGAUGGCAGAGGUGCAAUUGGAGGUUUGGAGUAUCUUUUGUCAUUGCACAAUAACUGCAUUAUCUCUUCACAAGAAAAGCUAAAAAGCAAUACAUCUGAUUCCGUAUCUGUAAAACCUGUAUAUAUUGAUUCAUUUCCAAAAUUACGAGCCUGGUACUGUCAACAAAAAUCUUGCGUUGCUUCAUCCCUUUCUGGCCUUUCUACUGGAAAUCAUCAAGUUGCAAAUUUGAUCCUAAGCAUGAUUUACCAGAGGAUAUCCAAAGGUGUGAUUUCAUCGAGUAAUUCUUCUUCAUCGCCAACUAGCAGCAAUGCAUGUGGUGAAGAUGCUUUUCAAAGACCUGUUCUUCCUGCAUGGGAAGUACUAGAAGUUCUUCCUUUUGUCCUUGAAGCAAUUUUAACUGCUUGUGCUCAUGGGAGGCUUUCAUCACGGGACUUGACAACAGGUCUGAGAGACCUUGUUGAUUUUCUCCCAGCUUCUCUCACAGCCAUUAUGGAUUACUUUACUUCAGAAGUUACUCGUGGGGUAUGGAAACCAGUUCUAAUGAAUGGAACAGAUUGGCCUAGUCCAGCAGCACUUCUUCCAUCAAUUGAGUCAGAAAUAAAAACUAUACUAACUUCUGUUGGCGUCGAUGUUCCCGGUCAUUCUUCCGAUGGUUCACCAGUAAUGCUUCCUCUACCAAUGGCAGUGCUUGUGAGUUUAUCCAUCACUUUCAAACUCGACAAGAACCUGGAAUACAUGCAUUCCAUUACUGGAGCGGCUUUGGAAAAUUGUGCAUCAGGUUGCCCUUUGCCUAGCAUGCCUAUAAUUGGCUCUCUUUGGGCACAAAAGGUUCGCCGCUGGCACAACUUCAUUGUUGUGUCAUGUGCACGUUCUGUGUUCAGACACAAUAAAGUUUCGGUUGCCCAGCUGUUGAGAAGUUGCUUCUCCUCGUUUCUUGGAACAUUGUGCAUUUCAAACUCAAAGCUAACUGCCGAAUGUCGCAUGAAUGGUCUGAUGGGGAGCACCUUCUCAGCCCAUGGUUCCUAUCCUUAUGUAGCUCCAGGUUUCCUUUUUAUUCGGUCUUGUCGAAAUAUACACAAUGUGAGGUAUCUAACUGAUGUAAUCGUAGACCUUGUUACACAAUAUUCUAAUGAAUUAGCCGGCACAAGGGCAAGUGUGGCCUCUCGCAUAAAAUCUAGUGAACCAUCACCAUCAUUGUCCCUAGCCAUGCAAAGCACCAAAGAAGUUGCAAUGCUCGGGGCGAGCCUUUUAUGUGCAGCGGGUGGUAUACUACUAGUUCAGGAAUUGUACAAGGAAACUAUUCCUACCUGGCUGCUAUCAAGGGAUGUGAAGCAUAACAAUGAUAGUGUUGUGUGUCACAUUCUUGAGGGUUAUGCUAUGGCAUACCUGUUAAUACUUUCAGGGUCACUCAUAUGGGGUGUUGGUGCCAAGUUACCAUCAUGGACAUUCUCUCGAAGGAACCGCACGGUCGGGGUCCAUUUGGACUUCUUGGCAGAAGUAAUGGAGAGGAAGAUUUCACUCAGUUGCCACCCUGUUACAUGGAAAACUUAUGUGUCAAGUUUGGUGGGGUUUAUGAUUACGUAUGCACCAGCGUGGAUUCGAGAAGUGAAGGUGGAGACGCUGAGGAAAUUGGCGCACGGAUUAUGCAGAUGGCAUAAACAUGAACUGGCACUUUCUUUGUUGCAGAGAGGGGGAGUGGCAGCUAUGGGAGCUCUUGCUGAACUUGUCAAUUUGGUUGAGUUUGAGCAGAGGAUUCCGAUGCCAUGCUCAUGAUUGUUUUGAAUGAAUGAAAACUUAAUGUAAUGCCAAAAUUGCGGAUUUUUUUAUUUAAAUAAAAUAAAUAUUUUAUUUACGAAAA